AGAUUCAUUUGAAUCUACAAUCUUUAAAAGAACAGUAGCGGUUUUCGUCUCAACGUUUCCACAUAACAUAAAAUGUAUAUUUCUUAUAAACACUUAAUAAAUGCAUUAAUAAUCUGUCAAACCUUAAGAUUGACAAGUUUAAAACAUAUUGGAACAACUAGACUUAAAAAGGGACCUUGUGAGGAUUUCUAUGAAUAUGCCUGCAGUAAUUAUGGUAAGGAAAACCCAGAUAACAAUUAUAAUGAAAUACUGCAACAUUUGGAUUAUAAAACUAAUAAAAAGCUAUUGAAAUAUAUGAAUAGAGCUUUAAAAAUUCGAAAAUUAUAUCACACUGAACAUCCUGAACUGGAAACAUAUUAUGAUAAAAUGUUGACAUACUAUGAGGCCUGUAUGGGUGAGGAAGUCUAUGAAAUGGGCAAAUAUUUAGAGGUAAUCAAAGAAUAUUUAUUGAAUACAAACUUUGAUUUUUGGCCAUUAUUGGGUCAUAUGCAGUCGUAUGGUUUAAAUAAUGUCAUAGUGCAACACACUAUAACAAGGAAUGUGGAUAACACGCUUAAUAUAAUAUUGUCACCGGUAUCGUUUGACAAGGAAGAGAGUUAUUUACCCGAUAGCCAGUCGCUUAUGAAUAUUUUAUAUAAUUUGGACUUAGACUUUAUGGAGAAAAAAAUCAAAGAUUUAUAUGCAACAGAAUUGCAAUGGCAACAGCUGGUGAAAAGUAUUAGAAAAAACGAUUUUAAACAAUUAACUGUAAAAAAUAUAACUCUACUUUAUACGCAUCUAAAUUUGCAGUCAUAUUUAGAAAACUUAUUGGAAGCAGAGCUACAUAGUGUCAACAUGAUUACCAUAAAUAAUGCUGAAUAUUUUUUUAAUUUAAAUCUAAAGUCGUGGACGUCCAAGGAGUUGAAAAGUUUGCAACUUUAUUUAUUAAUAAAAUUCUUAUAUUACUUACAGCUAGAUGGAGUAAAAGACUUUGAACCGCUGGAAUGUCUUAAAGAUUUAAGAAAUAAAUUCGAUUUGGCCAUAAACUAUUUAUACUAUCAUGACUUUUAUAAAUUGAGAGCAAAGAAAUUCAAACUUGUUCUUAACUCUAUGCUUCUCAAUAUAAGAGACAUUAUGGAAACCUAUUUCAAGGAGAAUCAUUUGCAUUUGUCUCCCGAACAUAUAAAUGUGUUAAACAAUAAAAUUCAAACAAUUAAACUAAAUAUUGGAAAUUUACCCAACGGUUUUGAUUUUAAAACAAUACAGACCUAUUAUCAGGAUAUACCUCAACUAGAUCGUAAAAAUUAUAAUAAAAAUCAUUUACUCUUAUUGAAACAUCGCUUUCGUAAAUCGUUGCUAUAUGAAAGAAAUCAAACACAUGAUAUCACAGUCGAUUAUACCUAUCCCUCGCCCUUUUAUUUGCUCACCAAGAAUAUGAUAGUCUUGCCGUUUGCCACCUUUCAAUUGCCGCUAUUUCACUAUAAGCAAACACCUCUACAACAAUUGUCCCUCUUUGGCUUUGUCUUGGCCCAUGAACUAACACAUGCUGUUGAUAAUAUCGGCAUACAAUACGAUCAUCAAGGCUAUUCUUUAACCCAAACUUCAGCUAUACUAAACCAUCCGAAUUUCUCAGAAUCUCUAAUAUGUUUGCAAAAACAAAAGCCUACUAAUUAUAUACAUGAACGUAUUGCCGAUAUAUUUGGUGUGCGUGUGGUUUAUCGCGCCUAUUUGCAGUACUAUGCUCAGCGUCAAAAAGAUGAUUGGCGAAAAGAAUUCUUCAUGAAUUUGGCACAAUUCUUUUGUAAUAAAAGCUACUUAAAAUUCAUUGAACAUGAUCCGGAUCCAGUGCGUUUGCAACAAAUUGUUAAGAAUUUUUUACCAUUCGCCGAGACCUAUGGCUGUUCGGUAGAUAGCGCUAUGCAUCCAAAAAAUAAAUGCCGUCUUUAUUGAGAUAUAAAAAUAAAACAUAAGUUAUUAUAAAAGAAUUAUGUAACUAUAAGUAGUGUAAAUUGUAAAGUCUAU